UUUUAAUAAAGCAGAUGGGCAGUGAUUGUGACUCUAGGUGUUUAGUAGUUGUAAAAUAAAUGUUCAUUGAAUGAACCCAUGUGAAACAUUUGAUAUAUUUCUUAGUCUUUUGUAGUGUCUAGUGGAUUGUUGAUGUUUCUUUCUCCUCCCUCUUUUCUUAGGAUCCCAUUUUGCAGCUCCCAAGUUUCUGUAGGAUGCUCUAAACGAUUGUCACAGUUGGUUUUCAAGUAGCAGAAAGAGUUGCAACUUCUCCUUAACAGAACUUUUAUAGUUGCAUUCAAUGCCUAACGUUGCAGAAGCAGAAAGGGCAAAUGAUUCUGGAAAUGGUGAGCACAAAUCCGAGAGAAAGUCUCCUGAAGAGAAUCUACACGGUGCUGUACAGUCUUUCUGCACUCGUGCCUCGGGGGCACCCUUGGGCCCCAAAGGAGAUGGUCAUUAUCCGUGGAGCUGUCCAGUGACCCAUACUCGGGAGAAAAUUUAUGCCAUCUGUUCAGACUAUGCCUUUCUCAACCAGGCAACCUCAAUCUAUAAACCUCCAAAUUCAACCCGCUCUUCUUGUCUUCCUGAUAGUACCUCUUUAUCUGCGGGAAAUAACCCAUCAAGAUACAUUGGCAUCCCAACUAGUACGUCAGAGAUCAUCUACAAUGAAGAAAAUAGCUUGGACAACUUAUCCAAUAGCCUGGGCAAGCUACCUCUCGCAUGGGAAAUUGAUAAGUCUGAAUUUGAUGGGGUGACCACAAAUUUGAAACACAAAUCAGGCAAUGUAAAGAAACAAAUUUGCAAGAAAAAAACUUCAGACAAAAAAGGAAGACAUCAGAGGGAGUGGCCUCAGUAUUCUCCUCUUGAAGAUAUUAAGCAGCGGAAAGUAUUAGAUCUCAGAAGAUGGUACUGCAUAAGCCGACCGCAAUAUAAGACUUCUUGUGGCAUCUCCUCAUUAAUUUCUUGUUGGAAUUUCUUGUACAGCACAAUAGGAGCUGGAAAUCUGCCACCUGUUACCCAAGAAGAAGCUUUACAUAUUUUGGGCUUUCAACCUCCAUUUGAAGAUAUUAGGUUCGGCCCUUUCACUGGAAAUACAACACUUAUGAGAUGGUUUAGACAAAUUAAUGACCACUUUCACGUAAAAGGAUGCUCGUACGUUCUAUAUAAGCCUCAUGGGAAGAAUAAAACAGCCGGAGAAACUGCUUCUGGGGCCUUGUCGAAGUUAACUCAUGGAUUGAAAGAUGAAUCACUGGCUUAUAUCUAUCAUUGCCAAAAUCAUUAUUUUUGUCCAAUUGGCUUCGAAGCAACCCCUGUUAAAGCUAAUAAAGCAUUCAGCAGGGGUCCCCUCUCACCACAAGAAGUAGAGUAUUGGAUCUUAAUUGGAGAAUCAAGUAGAAAACAUCCUGCUAUUCACUGUAAAAAGUGGGCAGAUAUUGUUACUGAUCUCAACACUCAAAAUCCAGAAUAUCUAGAUAUCCGACACUUAGAGAGGGGGCUGCAGUAUCGAAAAACAAAGAAGGUUGGGGGAAAUUUGCAUUGCAUCAUAGCAUUCCAGAGACUUAAUUGGCAACGAUUUGGCCUUUGGAACUUUCCAUUUGGAACCAUUAGACAAGAAUCACAACCUCCAACACAUGCCCAGGGAAUAGCCAAAUCUGAGAGUGAAGAUAAUAUCUCCAAGAAGCAGCAUGGGCGCCUGGGCCGGUCUUUCAGUGCUAGUUUCCAUCAGGACUCGGCAUGGAAAAAGAUGUCCAAUAUUAGCAUUUGGUUGAACCAGGCACUAAGAGGAGUCCGGGAUCGCCAUGGGAACUCGAUAGAAAAUGCUCAUCUUCUCACUUUGUUUCAUCGGCUCUGCAAACUCUUAUUUUUUCGAAUUCGUCCUAUUUUUGUGUUUGAUGGGGAUGCUCCACUGUUGAAGAAACAGACUUUGGCUAAGAGAAGGCAGAGAAAGGAUUUGGCAACGAGUGAUUCCAAAAAAACUACAGAGAAGCUUUUGAAAACAUUUUUGAAAAGACAAGCUAUCAAAACUGCCUUAAAAAGCAAAAGAGAUGAAGCGCUCCCCAGUCUUACUCAAGUUCAAAGAGAAGAUGACCUCUAUGCUUUGCCACCUUUACAGAAGGAGGAAAAAAACAGUUCAGAAGAAGAAGACGAAAAAGAAUGGCAAGAAAGAAUGAGUCAGAAACAAGCAUUACAGGAAGAGUUCUUUCAUAAUCCUCAUGCGAUAGAUAUUGAAUCUGAAGACUUCAGCAGCUUGCCUCUUGAAAUAAAGCAUGAAAUCUUGACUGAUAUGAAAGAAUUUACCAAGCGAAGAAGAACAUUAUUUGAAGCAAUGCCAGAGGAGUCUAAUGACUUUUCACAGUACCAGCUCAAAGGCUUGCUUAAAAAAAACUAUCUAAACCAACACAUAGAAAAUGUCCAAAGGGAAAUGAAUCAGCAACAGUCCGGACAAAUCCAAAGACAAUAUGAAGAGGAAGGGGGCUUUUUGAAGGAGGUAGAGUCGAGGAGAGUGGUCUCUGAAGACACUUCACAUUACAUCUUGAUAAGAGGUAUUCAAGCUAAGAAAGCUGCAGGGGUGGGUUCAGAGGCUCUUCCUUCUUCCAGUGAAAUGCAGAGCAAGUCUUUUGACGUGAAGUCCUCUCCAUGUGGAAAACCAAAGCCACAGGAAGAGCCUGCCACCACCCCUCCUCCUCCAAGAACGUCCCUGGCUGUGCAAGCUGCCGUGCUGGGGGGCAGCUUGGAGGAGGAGUGGGAGAGCGAGGGCCGAAGGCAGUCUGACGGGGAGAACGUACCCGUGUCACCGCUCACGCUCUUAGCUAUUCAGAAGGCUCUUGACGAUAACGAUGAAGACAUGGAAAUGCGCGCAGGAAACGAUGUGCAGACGGGAGCGUCAGGAGUGAAAAAGCCGCCUGAGGAGGGUUCUGAUGAGGAAACUGAUGAAGGCCUUAAGGAAGUUGAUGGAAAAGGAAUGCUGUUGUCAGCAGGACCCCACCUGGCCUGUGUGAACUCUGCACAGGAGUGCGACACCAGCCUUGACAGUGGCCAGAGGCCGGCAGACUCGGCUCAUGUGUCACAGCCCGUCAGCGAAUCUCGUGUUCCAGAAGAAGAAAUGUCACCGAGGUUCACUGUGGUGAACACAGCCUUUCAGACAAGUGAUGAGUCCACAGUUAAGGGUAGAAAAGAUCCAGUUCCUUCAGAAAGCACAGUGAAGAGACACAGCGAUGCACCCGGACUCCAGAGUGGAGGAGAAGGGACUCCAACACCUCCGACAAGUUCGAGUUCUGUAUCGAGGGAUGAAACAUAUGCCAAAGUGUCUGAGCUGCAACCAGACCUUUGUCCAUCGGGCAGAAAAUAUGUUUCCUCUGUUCUUUCAAGUGAGGACGAAGCAGAAUGUGAAAAAAAUCCUCUUUCUAAAAUCACUGGCACUGUCAUUUUGCACGAAACGAAUAAUACACAAAUUGUCCCUUCAGAGGCAAAAAGGAACUUGGAAGAUGCGGGAUUGUUUGAUGCUAAAGAGAAUGAGAAUUUCCUGAAAACCAUCCAAGAAUCUGCAGCCAAGAACCCAGUGGAAUCUGCAGACCAGGACUUCAUUUCAGUUCCAAAGUCCACGGAGCCAAUGGAAAUCGACUCUGAAGAAAGUGAAUCUGACGGAAGUUUCAUUGAGGUCCAGAGUGUACCUAGUAGUGAUGAACUUCAAGCUGAGUCACAUGAAACUUCCAGACCUCCCUCUGAACAAGAUGAAGAGGAACCAGUAGGAACUGAGAAGGAAGAAGCCGCUGGUAACUCCGAGGGCCCCCUAAGACACAACUCUGGAAGUGAGGCCUUGGAUAUUGAGCCACGUGACGAAGCUGAAAAAGAUGCAGACAGUUCACUCAAUGAAUGGCAAGAUAUUAAUUUGGAGGAACUGGAAACUCUGGAGAGCAACCUGUUAGAACAACAGAAUUCACUGAAAGCACAAAAACAGCAGCAAGAACGGAUUGCUGCUACUGUGACAGGGCAGAUGUUCCUGGAAAGCCAGGAACUUCUUCGCCUGUUUGGGAUUCCCUACAUUGAGGCUCCCAUGGAAGCAGAGGCUCAGUGCGCCAUCCUGGAUUUGACUGAUCAAACUUCUGGAACAAUCACUGAUGACAGUGAUAUUUGGCUGUUUGGAGCACGGCAUGUCUAUAAAAACUUUUUUAGUAAAAACAAGUUUGUAGAAUAUUACCAGUAUGUGGACUUUCACAACCAACUUGGAUUAGACCGGAAUAAAUUAAUAAAUUUGGCCUAUUUGCUUGGAAGUGAUUAUACAGAAGGAAUACCAACUGUAGGUUGUGUUACAGCCAUGGAAAUUCUCAAUGAAUUCCCUGGACAUGGCCUGGAACCUCUCCUAAAAUUCUCAGAGUGGUGGCAUGAAGCUCAAAAAAGUAAGAAGAUAAGACCUGACCCUUAUGACACCAAAGUGAAAAAAAAAUUACGGAAGCUGCAACUCACACCUGGCUUUCCCAACCCAGCUGUGGCAGACGCUUACCUCAAACCUGUGGUAGAUGACUCCAGGGGGUCAUUUCUGUGGGGGAAGCCAGAUCUCGACAAAAUUAGAGAAUUUUGUCAGCGUUAUUUUGGCUGGAACAGGACAAAGACAGAUGAGUCUCUGUUUCCAGUAUUAAAGCAACUGAACGCCCAGCAGACACAGCUCCGAAUUGAUUCUUUCUUUAGAUUAGCUCAACAGGAGAGACGAGAUGCUAAGGGUAUUAGGAGCCAGAGACUUAACAGAGCUGUGACAUGUAUGCUGAGAAAAGAAAGAGAAGAAGAGGCCAGUGAAAUAGAAGCUGUGUCUGUUGCCAUGGAGAAAGACUGUGAGUUCCCGGAUACGGCACAAGGAAAAACCCAGAAGAGAAGCAUGAUAAAUAAACGGAAAGAGUCAUCAAACCUGAAAAGAAAGAAGCUUUCAGAUCCUAAGCAAGUGAAUAAAUGUGGUGGGUUUCUGGGGGGCACCUGCCUCUCGCCGUCAUCCGGGGCGUCUUCUGGGGAGGAUGCUGAGUGUGUAUCUUCGGUGAACCUGCAAAGGGGGAAAGCAGCCGAGGAGCCCCCCAUCAGCUGUCCGGCUUUGCCAAGAGCAGGGCGCCCUGCUCCUGUCCGCGACGAAGACUCGACCAGCAGCAGCUCUAGUGAUGAUGACCGAGCAGGGACAGCAUCAGUGCUGGUGACUGCCAGAUCUGUGUUUGGGAAGAAAAAGGGCAAACUGAGAGGUACCAGAGGGAGAAAGAGGAAAAGCUAAUUUAAACCAGUGUGUUCUCCGCCAUCGGGUACAACUUAACAUCUCAUAAUGAAUUUGUUGUGAUGAAAUAGUACAAUUAAAAGUAUUUGCACAAUUUUUUUAUUGUGUGGUUUGUAAAACUACGGAUGCAGAGCUUGACAGUUACUUGUUUUCUGAUAUGUUUUUCUAGUGUUUUCCACGUCAUUGAGUGUUUCCUUGUAUUCAUAGUCUUUGUUCAU